UGUAUCAUCAUCAUCAUUCAUCAUCACCUCAAUUUUCUCACCAACCAAUCUCUACAUUUUCUUGCACGAGAAAAGUAAAGAAAAUGAAACAGAAAAUCAAACAACGAGAAGAAGCAGAUGCUACCAUCCGUUUCUUGGGCCUACUCAAACAACCCGAUCCCGAUCCAAACCCCUUCGAGCUCGACGAGAGCGACGUCGUUUGGUCCUCCGAUCUCUCCGAUCCCACCGACCUCUAUUCCCAUUCUCCCCCUUCAGCAUCUAAUUCUCCGACAACUCUCCGCCGCCGCCACCACCCCGAGAACUCUGGCCUCUCCGCCGCCUUGUCCGACGACCACCGCCCUCUGGUUCACCGGAAACCGACUCUGAACCCUUCCCUCUCGGCCGCUACGGCGGCGCGUACAAUUCCACCAGUGCAGCUCCUGCGCUCGGCGGCGGCGGCGGCGGGGAAGUUUCCUCAAUCGGCUCCGGUGAACGUGCCUGUUUGGCCAAAGAGAGUCCGAGAGUUUGGAGUGAGUAAUUUGGGGAAUUUCGAUGAAGCCGACGAGGAAGAUGAAGAAGCAGAGGAGGAGAUGGUCCCGCCGCACGUGAUUGUGGCGAGGUCGCACGUGACGACGUUUUCGGUGUUCGAAGGCGUCGGCCGAACGCUGAAAGGAAGGGAUUUGCGGCGCGUGAGAAACGCUGUGUUUCAGAAGACAGGUUUUCUUGAUUAAAAAAAAAGAAAAAAAAAAAACUGUGUUUGAUAUUAUUGUAAUUUAGUGGUGAUUUAUGUGAUGAAUUGGAAAUGAAUGAAUUAUUUAGGUACUUUAA